AUGACGUUUAACCCGUACUUGGUGUUAAACCUGCAGAGAGACUGCAACGAGAAGGACAUCCAGAAGGCUUACAAAGUGCUCUGUCUACGAUGGCAUCCAGAUAAAAAUCCGGACAACGUCGAACUAGCCAAUCAGAAGUUCAUCGAAGCAAAGAAAGCCGUCGAUCUACUUUUGGAUAAGGAGAAAAGGACCGAAUUCGAUAACGCCGCUCAACGAAAAGCCACUUCUGAAAAGAGACAACAAGAACGACGAGAGCAUGGAGAUGCAAAAAGAAAACAAAUGUACGAUGAUUUGAUACGACGAGAGAAAGAGUUUGUCGAGCGAGGAACCCAUUAUGCACCAUCGACUACCGCCAAAGAAAGCGAUGAGAAAUAUAAAGCAAAAAUGCGAAAAGUUCAUGAACAACAGGCUCGAGCUGAAACAGAGGCUUUGCGCAAGAAAUGGGAAGCUGAAGUCGAGGAGGAAAUUCGCGCACAAAAGGAACGAUUAAGUCACGCACAAGUACAUCACGAAGAAAAUGAUUCUGCUCCUAAACUCAAAGUGUCCUGGAAAAUUGCAAAUGAAGCGGAGGAUUACGAUGAAACGGCCAUGAGAAUUCUUUUUGACCCGUACGGAACGAUUGACGAAGUGAUUCUGAUGAAAGGAAAAAAGAACAAAAGAACGGCCUUGAUCGUAUACAGCAACGGUGGAAAUCCUUGGGGAGCAGAAACGGAGACAGGUGCUGGUGGAAGUGAACUCAGCUGUGAAUGGAUACAAAAACCACAAACCGGAUCUUCGACGCAGAAUGAUCGAAAUAAAAAGAGUAAUGAGCAACAAAUAAAAAAAGAUGAAAAUUUUGCAUCGUUAUCGUUGGAAGAAAUGGAAGCACAGAUGUUCGCGAAUUUGGCCGAACCCGAACCGUCAACAUUUCAAGAUGAUCUUUUGGAUGAUCCCGACACGAAGAAGACAAAAUGGGAUGAUGAG